UGUUGCGACCAAACUAGAAUGUCAAAUCUAAAAAGUAUGUUCGAGUAACAUAAAAGUGGGCGGUUAGGACAUUUCGUAAUACCAAUGUGAGAAAUUCUUAGGAGAAGGGCAUCCCCAAAGCGAAGACGACGUCACCGUGCAAACUGCACUGAUGACUCAUCAAUGUUGUGUUCUCGUUCGUGGAUAAUUUCUUUGACGCGUUUUAUUUUGUUGUUGUUGCUGUCAUAAUUAGAACUGUCAAAAUCGUGAAACGUCGUUGAAUGUUCUAUAGUUAUUACGAUUUCUUGUUAACGCGAUAACGUUAAAAACAAUUACGUAAAUCAUCUUCCGUGUUUGUACUUCGAAUUGAAAAGAAUUUGAACUGAUGACGAUGAAGCUGGAUGUUAGUGAUAGUCAAUCGAAUCACUCAGACUUUUCGUGUGAUAGUCAGUCCUCGCAGGGGUCCUCGACGAAUGAUUUCACACCAGCCGUCUCGACCUCUAGGUCCCUCACGCUCACGUUGGCGAACCUCGAGGGCCUCCAGUCGGGGGUCCCGACCCGCACGACGGCGACCAUCACGCCCACCCAGCUGCGGAACUUCGAGCAGACAUACAUCGAGCUGACCAACUUCCGCGGCGACCAGGCCAACCACGCAGGCUUCGUGCCACCAUCCGUCACGCACGCCAACAACUACGGCAUCCUGAAUACGGCGGGGUACUGUGAGUCGGGCCCGACGACCGCGCUGCACGUGUCGCCGGGCCCGCUCUCCGCCAGCGACGGCAGCAGCAGCCCCGGCCUGCCCGCGCCCAAGCGCCGCAACAUGGGCGGCCGCCGGCCCACCAAGACUCCUCAAGACCUCUCACCAGAGGAGGAGGAGCGCCGCAAGAUCCGCCGCGAGCGCAACAAGAUGGCCGCCGCGCGCUGCCGCAAGCGACGCCUCGACCACACCAACGAGCUGCAGGAGGAAACAGAAAAGCUCGAGGAAAAGAAGAGCAUGUUGCAGGAUGAGCUACGCAAGCUGAACGACGACCGCGAGCAUCUACAGGCGCUGCUGCAGAACCACCUUCAGUCAUGUAGACUUAACAAGCGCUCCACCAGCCCGCCCGACGUCAAGCCCUUCCAGGACCCCUACGUGUACCCCGAGGCCCCUGAAGACGGUGUGCGCGUCAAAGUGGAGGUUAUGGACCCCACCGUGGAUCCGGUCCUCGGACUGGAUAACGACAUUUUCACAUCUCCGAUGGCGGAUAAAAAGAUAAUGCUAUCGGCGGCGAACCCCGCGGUGGUGACGAGCGGCAGCGGCGGCGCGCUGGACACGCCCCCCGCGCGCCCCUCCCGCCCCAACUUCCUGCACGUGCCAGUCACGCUCACGCCCGCACAGAUACACAACAGCAAAGUUGGCAACAAGAUCCCCGGCAUCGAGAUCAGCACUCCCAGCAACGGGAUCCCGUUUAACUUCGACAGCCUGAUGGAGGGGGGCACCGGCCUCACCCCCGUGCACCCCCACCCGCACCCCUGCGCGCAGCAGCAGCGCGCCGCGCCCGACCUCGCCUCGCCCGACCACGGCAGCCUCGUCAGCCUGUAGCGCCCUGCAGCGGCUCACACCGACCACAAUCCCCUCACAUCGAACGGUACCAACCAAUCUACUUCUAAUUCACGGCUCUCGUAAUUUGUUUUAUCGGUAUCUUGUAAUUUAUAUAAUUCAAUUAUUUUUGAUUUUUUACCACAUUAAUAAAUCUUAUGAGAAUGUCAUUUUUCUAUUGUAUUAUAGUUUUAAUACGAUUAUUGGUCGGUAAUGUGAAGUAGAUGGUUUUUUAUUCGGGAUGUGGUUUAUUGCUUAAUUGUAACGAGCGUGCCUUAGUGUGCCCUACGUGUGACGUAACGGCCGGCGCACAUCGAACUUAGUUCGCGUAAUGAGUUCUUAUGUCUGUUCUUAUUUAUUUAAAGUUUACACUAAAUGCGCUGGCUACGAGGAAUAGCCUCCGCUAGUAUGUUUAAUGUGAACACUACCUUAUGGGCUUCGACUGCCGUGUGUAUUGACAGUUGUCUCUGUUUUUCUCAAAGUCAAUGAAAGAGAUGAAAAUAUAUGUCGAUACUAGUCAGGGAAGUUGAAACCUAUAGUAAGUAUCUUUAUGGCAUACAAGGAGAAGCUGGCUCAAGCGAUUGGGACUAUGACGUCAUCUAAAGUUGUUAAUUUUAGCAUUUUUAAUUAAAAGUGUAUUAAUAAAUUAUUUUUAUAUUCGCAUCUUAUGUCCUCGCUUUCUUCGUGUAUCCUUUACGCCUGUCUUUUACUUCUAUAUUCUUCAAUAUAUAUUAUUACUGUUUCUAUAUUUAAAAAUCUUAAAAUUAUUCGCGUCUCAUUACGGAACUUCCGUAGUUAAGUAUAACUUGCUCACUAUGCUUUUGUUAUAUUUAAUAUAUAAAUUAGCCUUAUUAUGUAGUAACUGGAGUAGUGUUGCCAGUCCACAAAAGUCAAUUGAUGAGCUCUUUAUAUUUCUAUACGAAAUAAAAAGCAAAUAUUUUUUAUACAAUCGACUUUUAUACCAGAAAGCAGAAAUAUUUGUGAUUUAAAAAUAAAACGGAGUUUUAUUUUUGAAGCAUUUCAGGGAUUAAUUUCGAGUUGUGCUUAAUCUAGCGAGGCUAGACUAGGGAUUAUUUAUAAGUUGUGUAAAAUAUCUCUUUUACCGAAAAAAAUACAUUUUUGUCUAACGGCACAAAUUUAAUGUACUCACACUAUAAAAUCUUGUCAUAAUAAACUUGGUGCCAUUUACUCUCUGGAACACAUAUUAAAAAAAAAACAAAAAAAUUUAAACUAUAUCGAAAUUUAAAAAGCUAUUCAGGGUUGUAGAGCGUUAUCUCCGUCACACAUUAACUGUAUGACUCUGUGUGAAAGAGACAACAUUCUAUGAUUUGGAUUUUUGAAUUUGGAAUUAAUAUAUGACCGUUAAUGUUUCGACUAACAGCAAUAUUACUUAAAGAAUUUGAAUAUAUUGAAUGUAAGUUAGCUCAAUGUCGAUGUAGUGUUACCGUUCCAUUGGUUUAGGUUCUGGUAGUGUAUCUGUUAAUUGUAAGUAAUAUGUGAUACGUCCAGUGAUUCGCUCACCUAUGUAGGAAAGGGACAGCGAUAUUGUGACUCAUGCCCAUUUGUACUUUUAUAUGAAAACUAUCUAUUUCUAUUAAAUGUCAAUUUCAUAAUUUAUUUUGUUUUUUAAAUUUAUUAAAUUGUUACUGUUCUCUCUUUUCAAUCAUUAAUCUGUGGUUUUUUAUUUAUUUGUACGGCAUGAGUCUUAGUUCGUACCAAUAUAUUCAUGAAUUAUACAAUACGUAGACUAAGGCAAUAAUUAGUUUUUAAGGCACUUAACAUUUAUAAUAAUACGCAUAACUUAGACCAAAUUAUUACUCUAUGUGCUUUAUUGUAGUUUUAAUUUAAAAUCUAAGCCAAAAAUUGAUUUUAUGUCGUUAUAUUAGUUAGGUUUAGCCGCCAUUACGUUGAAGUAUUAUUGGGUGUUACGUCGAGAAAAGUAUUUAUUUAGUAAAUAGUAUAUAUCAGUUAUCGACGGAGCCGCGGGACUUGCUAGUAUGUAACGAUCAUCACAGCCUACAUUCAUGUAUUACGCAUAAUAUGAACAUUGUAGAUAUUAAGAGAGGUAAUUUUUCUAGAAAGUUUUUUCAUAAAGCAAUGUGAUUAGACUACUUUUGUAUUUUUUCAUGAAGCAAAGCAAUAUAUUUGAUAGAAUUAUUCGAUAAUUACAAACUGAUUGUAGUCAAAUUAUUAUAUGUAAAUCAGAAAAUAUAAAUUUGUUAAUGUACACCGGAA